AUGCGGUUUACAUUCAUACUGGCGAUUCUUGCCAUUUUGCAUGGAGUCCACAGCACUGCUGUUCAAGGGCCCUAUGAUGACAAUGUCAUUGAAAGAUUUCAACGCAAACGCGACGAUGCCUCUACAGCUGCACGACUCAAGUGUUCUUUUCCAACGCUCGAGCAGUCCGAAUCCAAGCAGAAGCGUGCUUUCAAUGAGCCCUUCGAUAGCAAUCGCACGCUCGUCGCGAGAACCAUGACUCUACCUCCGCCGAAUCGAAACAGUAAGAAAGCUAUGGAUGAGUUCAUGAGAGAUGAGAUAGUGGAUGUCACCCAGAAAUUGAUUUGGCACCGAAUGGUUUCCGGCGAGCCAGAACACUUCGACACCGCCAUUUACGAGGAGUUUAAAGAUCACAAAUCCAUCAGUAUUGGGACCAGCGGACUUUGCGGAUGUACUGUGCUAGUGAUCAUCAGCAGGGAAGCAGUUUAUAUGGCUCACUACUGGGAGAAUAUAUCCUUUGCGCCGGAUGAGGAUUGGGAAAAAUAUUACCGUCGCAUAGGAAGGGACAUUUUCGAGGAAAGUGUUGUCAGAGGGCUUCGAGAUGGCAUUGGAACAAAGCAGAAAAAGCUAAAACCCGGUCCUUUUGACAAUGAUCAUGUUCAAGCCUAUCUGAUGCAUCCCAAUGCGCCUGCGGAUAACUUUAAGCCCGACGAAGACAGACAGGUCAUAUUUGAGGAGUAUUACGAGAGAAGAUGGAAUCAAAUUAAGGAGAUCGUGAUUGAAAUCAUUCCAGCAAUUGGGCAGCCAGGGCGCUGGAUCGACCUGGAAUACAAGGCUCUGGAUAAGGACAGCCCCCUUCUCGAUCGAACUGCUCGUGGGCAUAUAUUGUUCAAAUACGACCCUGACCACCGAUACACAGACGCAGAUGGCACAGAGAUAUCGCAGAGAAAGGCCACUUUAUGGGUCGAACAAAAUAUUAAACCUAAGCAUGAUGACACAUGGGACGAUGAGCCAUUAUCUUAG